AUGGCCGAGCUGACAGCCAGGUGGAGUUUGUCCACCGCUGGUGCCGCCACGCGAAUCGGGAAUGGGCAAUUUUGGCGGGCGCAUCUUCAGAUUACCAAAUUGCAACAAGACUUUGAUGCUCGACUGAAGCGUCUUAAAGCCAUGUGCGGAAUUCAUGGCCUGGUCACAGUGCACUCGGGCCAAGAGCUAUCAGCAAAUUUGAAAGAAUCACUGGCGAACCGCGGCCCCGAUUUCCUGGGUCAGGUCACACGCUCCGUGUCUUCAGACUCUCAAGAAGAGCCUCUCAUCUCGCUCACUUUUACAUCCACGGUACUAGCGCUGAGAGGCGACCAUCUCGCCAAGCAACCAUUCGAGCACCCGGAACACGGUUCUGUUCUCUGCUGGAACGGUGAAGCAUGGAGAAUUGAUGGUCAGGCUGUUGAGGGCAACGACGGCGAGGAAAUCUUUGCCCGGUUAGCAGCCAAUGCUCUCGUAGAAGAUGAGCAGCGUCGCUCAUACACCAUUGACGUUUUGAGACAGAUACAAGGUCCUUUUGCCUGUCUUUACUAUGAUGCACCGGGCAAGUGUCUGUACUAUGGCCGCGACCGACUUGGUCGUCGCUCUCUCCUUGUCAACCACUCGGAAGCUGUUGGUGGGAUCGCAUUCUCGAGCGUGUCCGACUCACAGGUAGCCGAUUGGAAAGAGGUCACUGCGGAUGGUAUCUAUGCUAUAUCAUUGAAUACUAGCGACGUCAAAAACAUUGCCCCCCAAAAAUAUCCCUGGGUGGCCGAAACUGGAGCUGAUCUGGUCUCGAGCAUUGGAAGAUUCAACAAGAUCUUACCGGACCAACAUGAAAAGCUCGAUCACGACUCCCCUUCUGUUGGCUUAGUUCGCCAGCAUCUUGUUGAAGCAUUGAAGAUGCGCGUGCUCAAUGUUCCCAAACCUCCCCUGGUUCCGGGUAGUAACGGCGAUGAUGAUGCACGUGUCGCUGUUCUGUUCUCAGGAGGCCUAGACUGCACCGUUAUGGCGCGAUUGGCUCAUGAGGUAAUGCCUAGCUCGCAAUCUAUUGAUCUGAUCAAUGUUGCAUUUCAGAACGCUCGCAAAGCUGCCUCUCAGGAAAAUGCAUCAUCAGCCACACUGGCCGAGGUAUAUGAGGCAUGUCCUGAUAGAGUAACUGGUAGACGAGCUUUUGCAGAGCUCAAAGCCGCAUGUCCUACACGGCGCUGGCGAUUUCUUGCAGUAAACGUCCCAUUUGCGGAAGCCAUGUCUCAUAGAUCACGAGUUGUUUCACUCAUGUAUCCCCACAAUACCGAAAUGGAUCUUUCCAUUGCGCUAGCAUUGUACUUUGCCAGCCGUGGAGUUGGUCACCCACAAACAGACCCUGCAGAUUCAGAGCCAGUCGCUCAUACAGUCCAAACAACAGCUCGUGUACUCUUGUCUGGCCUUGGUGCUGAUGAGCUCUUUGGAGGAUACUCUCGGCACGAGGUUGCAUUCAAGCGCAACGGCUAUACCGGGCUGAUCGAAGAGCUGAAGCUCGAUGUAAGCAGAAUCGGUGAAAGAAACCUGGGAAGAGACGAUCGGAUACUGUCGUGCUGGGGUAAGGAAGUACGCUUUCCAUUUCUAGACGAGGAUUUCAUCAAGUUCUCGAUUGAGUGUCCUGUGUGGGAAAAAUGCGACUUUGAAAGUCCGACUGAUGCAUCUGGUAUUGAGCCGGCAAAGAGAGUUUUGCGAUUGCUCGCGGAUCAACUGGACCUCCCAUCGACAGCACGCGAGAAGAAGAGAGCCAUACAGUUUGGUGCACGGACAGCCAAGAUCGAACAGCUCGCUGGUGGCCCUAAAACAAAGGGAACAGAUCUGAUAUCCUGA